AUGCAAACCAUAUGUGAUCACCAAUUUGUUUUCGUAACUAUUUACUUAUAAUCCUUAAUUUGAAACCAUCAUACCAUUUACUGUUAGAUGAUAUAGUUAAUUAAUAGAUAGAUAUCCUUCUGGUUAUAGAUUCACAUACAUAUUAUAGACUUUGGGCCCAAUAAAGAAAUAGCUCAGAAGACCCUUAAAAUAAAUUCAUUAAGGUUUGAAAGUUAGACAAGAAAUUUAAGACAGACAGACAUGCAUCAUAACUGGGUUAUAAUAUUCAUCAUAUAUAUAUUCUUGCUAGAUCCAGCAAGUGGUUUCACAUUUAGGUGGCCAUGGAGUAAUAAUAGUUCAUCGUCAUCGUCAAGUUCAACAGCAACAUCAUCAGAUCUAGGCACAGCAUCUGCUUCAGCUACAAAUACAGCUCAUGUGGUAACUGAAGAUGGAGUUACUACAACUUUAAAUCCAUAUUCUCCAUAUAAUACCUCCUGUCCAGAUGGGUCAUUGAUACGUGAAGCUAGUGGGAUUUCAGAAGAAGAACAAGAGUAUUUGGAAAAUAGACAUGAAAUUACCAAUCAGAAUUUAAUCAAUUUCUUCAAUAACAGAGCAAAUUUGACUGAUUUUGAUGCUGAAAGUUUUAUAAAUGAUUAUUCACAUCAACAUAACAUUACUAUUGGUUUAGCAUUUAGUGGAGGUGGUUAUAGAGCUAUGUUAAAUGGAGCAGGACAAUUACUUGCUUUAGAUGAUAGAUACAAUGCUUCAGAUAUUUAUGGUAUAGGUGGUCUCUUACAAAGCUCAACCUAUUUAGUUGGUCUUUCAGGUGGUAAUUGGUUAGUAGGACUGGUGGUGUUAAAUGAUUGGAUUUCGGUUAAUGAUAUUUUAGAUGGUUCAAUCGAAAUUUGGAAUUUAGAUAAUUCUAUUUUUAACCCUGCUGGUAUUAAUGUAUUUGAAACAUUAAGUUAUUACUAUGGAAUUCAAGAUGCUAUUGCUGCCAAAUUAAGUGCUGGGUUUGAUACUUCUAUAACCGAUAUUUGGGGUAGAGCUUUAUCUAAUCAAUUCUUUCCUGGAACAUUUGGGGGUGAAAACAUAACAUUUUCAUCAAUUCAAAAUUUAUCCAGUUUUCAGAAUCAUGAGAUGCCAUUUCCCAUCGUUGUGGCGAAUGGUAGAACUCCAGGUACAAUGAUUAUAAAUGAAAAUUCCACUGUGUUUGAAAUAAGUCCGUUUGAAUUAGGAUCAUGGGAUCCAUCAUUGAAUAGUUUUGUGGAUUUACAAUUCAUUGGAACAGAAAUGGUUAAUGGAAUACCAAACACUACAAAUUGUAUAGUUAACUUUGAUAACGCCGGUUUUGUUAUGGGAACGUCAUCGUCAUUAUUUAAUCAGGCACUUUUAAGACUUGGAGGUACCAGUUUAAAUUCUGCCAUUAAAGCGGUGUUGAAUUCAAUAUUAGGUGUGGUGAGUUAUAAUAAAGAUGAUAUUGCAGCAUAUGAACCGAAUCCAUUCUAUGGCGUUGAGCAUGCUGGAUCAGAAGCUAUUGUCCUGAAUCGAACUUUAUUUUUGGUGGAUGGAGGUGAAGAUCAACAAAAUGUACCAUUUUAUCCCUUGAUACAACAAAGUAGAUCUGUUGACGUUAUAUUUGGGUUUGAUAACUCUGCUGAUACAGAACUUAACUGGCCAAAUGGUACUUCUAUUAUGAUGACCUAUUUAAGACAAUUUUCAGCCCAAGGUAAAGGAACACCAUUCCCACCUGUUCCAGAUGUUCAAACAUUUUUAGAUCAAAAUUUGGGUGAAACUCCUGUAUUCUUUGGUUGUGAUGCUAAUAAUUUAACUGCAUUAAUUAACUAUCAUGAUAAUAAAGCGAUAAAUGAGACAGAUAUUCCCUUGGUAGUGUUAUUAUCCAAUAAUAGAAUCGUUACAAAUUCCAAUUUUUCAACGUAUAAAAUGUCAUAUAGUGAAGAUGAGAUUUUUCAGGCGAUUGAAAAUGGAUAUGAAGUGGCUUCUCAACUUAAUGUAACUGAUGAUUGGCCAGCUUGUGUUGGAUGUGCAAUUAUAAGAAGACAACAAGAGAGAUUGGGCAUUGAACAGUCUGAUCAAUGUAAGCAAUGUUUUGAUCAAUUUUGUUGGACGGGUGGUUUUGCUGAAGCAGCUCAACCAAAUGUUAAUCUAACAGUAUUUGAUUUGGCUGGUACUACAUCUACUUCAAAACCUAAAUCAUCAUCAUUAUCCACUUCAACUUCAUCUUCAUCGUCAUCGUCUUCUUCGCAUACAAGUACUAAACAUAAUGAUGCAAGUUCUACUCAAAUUGGUCAAUAUGUAUCUGUGUGGGGAAUAAUCCUCGCUUGUAUUGCCUUAAUAUAACCUCCAAAACUCAGCAUCUAAACAUUUAUUUAAAACUAUAUAUAGACUUUGAAAUACAUAAUUGUAAAAUAUAAUAGUUGCA